GAGGUAUCAGGUUCCACUCGCGACGACUGUUCAUUUCCGGGAUUCUCGAAUAAACCCUAUCAAUACAUGUCGACUAGCUCAGGGAUCGCGGUGUCUGCUGACCUUGCGGCAGCCUACGCGUCUGCCAUCAAUGAUAGCACCGUGCGCUUCGUGAUCGUUGAAAUACAAGAUGACUCUAUCCCUUCCUCGGGGGGAACUCUGGUCGAUGAUCUCCCCUUGCUGCAAAGUGCUCUGGAAGACACUGUCCCUGCUUAUGUUCUAGCACGCUUGGAUUCGGAUGACACUGCUUGGUUAUUCAUCACUUACGUGCCUGAAGGAGCCACAAUGUUAUAUGCGUCGACAAGGGGCUCACUGACUAAGGAAUUCGGGGAUCAGCGAUUUAGGGAUUCCCUUUUUGCUACCAGCAAGUCCGAUAUCACUCCUGAAGGGUAUGCUGCGCAUUUAAAGCAUAAUGCAGCUCCUUCACCAUUAUCUGCACGAGAAGCCGAAAUAGCUGCUGUCAGAGCGGCUGAAGGCAACGAGUAUGUUAGUUCGAAAACUCGCACUUCGCAUCUUCACGUUGCUGCCAACCGCGUUGAAACAAAAUGGAGUGCCGAAGCCGACGAAGCCUUCCGAGAUUUGGGCGCAGGGGAUCCAUCCUUCAAUUUGAUUGUAGUGGAGAUCGAUGUUCUGACGGAAAGCCUGGGACUAAAGGAGAAGGUAUUGACAACGAUUGACGAGAUCAAACACUUCUUGCCAAAAUUAAAUCCAUCAUAUGCCUUGUAUGCUUACGAUCAUGAAGUUGAAGGGUCUACAAUGCGCGAUAUCAUUUGUAUCUACGCGUGUCCAACCUCUUCUCCUGUCAAAUCUCGGAUGUUGUAUUCAGCUUCCCUAUUGUCGUUCGUUCAGAUUUUACGAGAUAAUUGCAGCAUUAUCGUUGCGAAGAAAGUAGAGACGUCAGAACCCGAUGACUUGGAUCUAAGCUGGGUGAAGGGAGAACUCUCGCCCAGCUACGCUCCUGUCAUUGAGAAGAAGACCGGAUUCGCAAAACCAAGAGGGCCAGCUCGUAGGCCAAGAUAAAAUUGGGGUUGUACUAGAUGAAGAUGUUUUGAACAGUUGAUGCGUGGAAUGUAUUAGCGGUAUAUUUUGACAAAUGCAGCGAUUCAGAAAGCAUGAGGGGCUCCUGUUUCGAGGGGUAUUUAGCGUACGGCAUCAUUUCUUCCCACUGACACUAUUAUGCUCG